UCAUAUUAUCUUCCAGCUUCGACGCCGUUUCCCCGCAAAACAACCAGAAAUUUCUUGCAUUAGCAAAAUAAUAUUGCUUCCUGAAAGGCCUUAAAGAAAGGAAUGAACCUUCGGAAUUGAUUUCUUGGUGCUUUACGGUUUUUCACGGCUGCGCUCGUUGAACUCCCAGAAAAAAAAUCCCAUGAACUUUUGGGAUUAGGGUUUGCGUAUUUAUCUCUCCUUUCUCUCGGUAUCUCACUUAAUCUCCCUGGAAGCAGAAAACAUCGAAGCUUUGAAAUUAGUUUAGGGUAAUUUUUUAUUUUGGAAUGUUUGAGGAGGAAAAGAUGGAUGAAGGAAAAGGAGGGGAUCGCAUGGAUCAGUUCCAUAGAAACGAAGCAAUAUCGGCCGUUGCUGAUGAGAGUUUUUUAGGUGAAGAAGACGACGAUUAUGAAGACCUUUACAAUGAUGUUAAUGUUGGCGAAGGGUUUCUUCAAUCAUUGAGAAGAAACGAUGAUGUAGGGUUUAGAAAUGAAGAAACUAAGAAUAGUUUGAAUAUUAAUAGUGGUGGGAAAGUUUGUGGGUCACCAAUAGGUGCUCCAGAAUCUGGUGUUUCAAUUCCAGGGGUUGCAGGUAGUGGUGAAAGAGGGGAUUCUAGGGUUUCUUAUGAGAGUCAAGCGUUUAGAGGUGGUGGUGGUGUUGAUGAUGUCAAAGGACCUAGUCCAGGCUUUGGUGGCGGUGGCUGUGGGCUUAGGGUUGAAUUAGCUCAGGCUCCGAGUAAGUUGAAUGAGGUGGUUGCGGAGCAGAGUGGGAAUAAGAAUAGUGGUUUAGGUAGUGCAGGUGGUAUGGGACAUCAGGGAUAUGGUGUGGGGAGUGUUGAGAAUGAGGGUUUGGUGAGACAAGGAGUAGUAGGAGGUGUGGGUGUGAAUGGCCCCGGUGCCAGCGGCAGUAGCUGUGGCGGUCCUAUGAUUGGGAAUGGAGGUGCAAAUAUGUGUGUUGUUGGCCCUGGAGUUGGAGCAACGGAUGGUGCAGGUGGCAGUGGAGGUGGAGGUGGUGGGACAAUAUUGUUUGUUGGUGAUUUGCAUUGGUGGACUACAGAUGCUGAAUUGGAGUCUGAGUUGUGUAAGUAUGGACCCGUUAAGGAAGUAAAGUUUUUCGAUGAGAAAGCAAGUGGGAAGUCAAAAGGGUAUUGCCAGGUUGAGUUUUAUGAUCCAGCCGCAGCUACAGUUUGUAAGGAGGGGAUGAAUGGGCACGUGUUUAAUGGAAGGCCUUGUGUUGUUGCCUUUGCAUCGCCAUUUACUGUUAAGAAAAUGGGAGAGGCUCAGUUAAAUAGGAAUCAGCAGAUGGCACAGUCUGCUCAAGCAAGGAGGGGUCCUAAUGAUGUGGGUGCUAAGACUGGUGCCAAUAAUAUUCAAACUGGUGGGAAUUAUCAAGGUGCGGAUAAUAAUAGGGGUUAUGGGAGAGGGAAUUGGGGAAGAGGCAAUGCUCAGGGGAUCGGAGGUAGAGGGCCAGGUGGUCCUAUGAGGAACAGGGCUGGUGGAAUGGGUGGCAGAGGUAUCAUGGGAAAUGGUGGAAAUGGAUUUGGGCAGGGAAUGGGUGGGGCACCUCCUCUCAUGCACCCGAUGGGUCAAGGUUUUGAUCCUGCUUUUGGUGGACCGAUGGGAAGAAUGGGAGCUUAUGGAGGCUUUCCCGGAGCUCCAGCACCUCCUUUUGGGGGGAUUUUACCUUCAUUCCCUCCGGUUGGAGGAGUUGGUUUGCCUGGAGUGGCUCCUCAUGUUAACCCUGCAUUCUUUGGAAGAGGUAUGCCCAUGAAUGGUAUGGGGAUGAUGCCCUCAAGUGGUGCAAAUGGGCCUAAUAUGGGAAUGUGGUCAGAUUCUACCAUGGGAGGAUGGGGUGGUGAUGAGCAUGGUGGUGGGAGAGCUGGAGAGUCGAGUUAUGGGGAGGAAGCUGCAUCUGACCAUAAAUAUGGCGAGGUUAGUCAUGACAGAGGUGUUUGGCAAAACCCAGCCAAAGAAAAAGAUAGAGCUUUUGAAAGAGAAUGGUCUGGUUCAUCCGAAAGAAAGUACCAUGAUGAUAGAAAAUCAGGAUAUGAUAGGGACAUACCCAGGGAGAAAGAACUAGGCCAUGGUCAUGAUAGGCCAGAAAGAAGACACAGGGAUGAUAGAGACAUUGGUCGAGAACGAGAUAGGGAGCGCUCUCGAGAUCGUGACCGCAAUCGUGAUCGUGACAGGGAACGUGAUCGAGAUAGGGAUAGAGAUAGAGAUAGAGAUAGGGAUCGAUAUAGGGAAGACAGAGACAAAUAUGCUGAUCAUCGUAGGCACAGGGACCGUGAGCCUGAGCAUGAUGAUGAUUGGGACCGGGGGCGGUCAUCAAGGACUCGCAGCAAGUCCCGAUUAUCACAGGAAGAUGAGCAUCGCCCAAGAUCUAGAGAUGCUGAUUAUGGGAAGAGGCCAAGGCUUACCUCAGAGUGACUUAUCAGAUGCUUUUUAUAUCAGUAACUUCUGCUAGAAUUGUUUUUUUGAAAAGAAAUAUCAGUAAGGUAGAAACAUUUUGUUCAUCAUUCUCUUUUGGUGUCUCUCUCAACUGGUGGUGUUGUGGUCAUUAAUUCAUAGCCAUUCAGAGUUCAAUGCCUGAAUUUGCUGAUUGCUUCUCUUCCUUUGGAGGAUGGUCUCCAUUUCGCAUGAAACAACUCGAAGGUAUUUGAUCUUGAUAUUUGAAGCAGUUCAGCAGAAGUAUGGUAUAAUGGAAAUGAAGAUUGAUUGCAGCGUCGGGAAUUUGGGAGAGAGUAGAUGGUGUUUCCUUUUGGUAGCCAGUCAUGUAGAAUGGAACCAUGGUUUUAAAGUAGUUUUAGCUUUAAAUUUGAAUGAAUGUUUUAGUUGAUUGGACACUUGAUGAUGAAACCAAUGUUAUGGCAUGAGAUAUGGUUAGAUUACUUCAUAAACUUAAAAAGAAUAGUUUGAAUUGUGGUGUAACAAUAGGGAUUUAGCUGAGGAUGCUGCUGCUGAUUGGUGA